CCGUUUUACACGCGGCAACUCUCUUUUCCUUUUGCUCCGUGGACCAGCACUGUCACAACACCCCCUGGAAGUCUGCACUGAAGCUGCACUGUGUAUUUAGGACUCCUCGCUCCCAGCAUCGACUCACUCCGCGGCUCUGCGGCCAUGAACUAGCAUCCUCUCCCGCUCUAUCCGGACUAAUAUACACAAUGGACUCCCACCAGUCUUCGCCAUCCCCUCGCAGGGCGAGUCCCAGAUACAGCAUGCAGAGACAAAGAAGUAACUCGUUUCCCAUCGUUGAGGCUCUGGGCUGCUCAACCCCAGAAGCACUCCUUAUUCUUGCUGAGGGCAGAGCCGCCGUCCGGAAACGCCGAGCUCGACGCAAUCAGUCCGUCGACGAUGAAGUCAACCGUCUCUUCAACCCCCAAGACCACCUCAAGUUUCUCGAAGGCCUCGCCGCCUUGCCUACGCCUCAAGAUCAACCAUCCCCCUUCGACGCAAAAUGGUCUCACUCUCGCAUGCCAUCCGAUGCCACGGAUAACAGCACUUCGACCGUGGUCCCACAUGUAAACGAUGGCGAACCUCGGAAUCUGUCGCCCACGCUAGGCGACUAUUCCGCCAACCUUGCCGCUUUCAUCAAGAACCAACUCAAGUCAAUACCAACGUACCAAUCCAACCACCGCCCCACCUCAUCCCUCUCUCCCCGGUCGUGUCCAGAUCUAUCGUUUCCUACACAAGGGCCGUCGUCACCAAACCCAAAUGCACGCCGCCAGACCGAUGGACCAAAAGCUAUCGAGAUACCACCGGUGCGACCACCGAUGAAGAGUCAGUUCUCGGCCUGGAGCUCCACUGACGACGACACGGAUGACGAGGCGCUUCCCCUCCCGGAGUAUACCUUUUCCAGUGAACAAGGCCCCAACUCCAAGGGAAGCAACUUCACGCCGUCGAUUCUAGGCUACUACGAGACCUCGCACCACAAUUCGUCGUUUCUAUUUUCGUCGACGCCGCUAGAGGAAGAGUCAGAGCCCACUACGGCUAAAGCCUUCAAGUUUCCUGACCCGUCAGCACUACCACGUUCCUCACCUGAGGAAGAGCACAAUGAUGACGAGGACGUCGCCGACUACCCCUCCUCGUCUUGCCCCUCCCAACCUCAGCUCACCUCGACGUCAGCACCUUCGUAUACCUCGUCUUCGGUGUCGUCGUCGUCGUACUUUGACUGCAAGCGCCUGGCCAUCACCCCGCUGAUGAAGCAGGCUGUCAUUGCGGCAGUCACACCACCACAUCUACACAAGAAGAGGCUUACUGCUGUAUCGCCUUGGGAGGGUAACGCCUUCUCCAGCGUGCACGAUGUGUACGUUGAGUCACAGCAGCGUGUCAACGUCGACGGCAUGUCCUUUGACAUGCUGCGCGACCUGAACGUCUCCAGCAGGCUCACACCUUGCUAAUCCCAACACUACCACACCUUUGCCUAUCUCCCUGUCUUACUAGCGCGCGCGUUCGGGUGUUGUUGUUGCCAGAAGCUGUGGUUCAGCCGGUCUAACCACACCCAACGGCCUAUUCCUUUACGUUGCUUCUUCCCUGUCUUUUGCACGCAAAAUAUCCCUCUUGUAAUCUGGUUGCUUCGGGCGUUUCACACAAGCGUUUAUCAGACUGCUAAGCUUUUUCCUUUGUUUGUGGAAGUGGGGUGUUUCGGCUUCUUGAUUUAGCACAUUCGGCGCUCUGCUUCUUUUGUUUUUCUCUACACGAACUUAUCUUUUCUCUUUCUUGUGGGGCGUCUUUCCAGCACA